GUCAAAAUCAGUCGAAGUUAAGCGGCGACAACACACCCUCACAUCGAGCAGUCAAUCCUCCUUUCCUCUGCAAGCUACGGGAAUCUUCUCCCGUUUUGGAUCGUUAAACCGUCGCCACACGUGACAGAAUCACAAACGACCAAACAAGGCAAUCAAUGGCGUAAUGAAGUGCCGCCGCCCUGGAGUACAAAUGAGUUGGCGCUAGCAGCCAGUUCAUUCCUGCCCUGGGAUCCUUCCUCAUCUCAUCCAUCCGUAAGCAUAAACUGAGCAUUCCGAGGAAGGAGUUGGUAGGUUGAGACUCGAGACUCGAGAGUAGUAGUAGUACUAGGUGCGGCGGCGGCGGCGGCGAUGGAGGGCGGCGCGCAUGGGUUCGACGGGUCGGCUUUCCGGGAGUGCUUCUCGCUGUCGUGGCGGAACCCGUACGUGCUCCGGCUGGCCUUCUCCGCCGGCAUCGGCGGCCUCCUCUUCGGCUAUGACACCGGCGUCAUCUCCGGCGCCCUCCUCUACAUCCGCGACGACUUCCGCUCCGUCGACAAGAACACCUGGCUCCAGGAGAUGAUCGUGAGCAUGGCGGUGGCGGGGGCGAUAGUGGGGGCGGCGGCGGGGGGGUGGGCGAACGACCGGUUCGGGCGGCGGGCGUCGCUGCUGGCCGCCGACGUGCUCUUCUUCGCGGGGGCGGCGGUCAUGGCGUCGGCGACGGGCCCGGCCCAGCUGGUGGCGGGCCGCGUCCUCGUGGGCCUGGGCGUCGGCGUGGCGUCCAUGACGGCGCCGCUCUACAUCUCUGAGGCGUCCCCCGCCCGGAUCCGCGGCGCGCUCGUCAGCACCAACGGCUUCCUCAUCACCGGCGGCCAGUUCCUCUCCUACCUCAUCAACCUCGCCUUCACCAGAGCUCCGGGCACUUGGCGCUGGAUGCUCGGCGUCGCCGGUGUCCCCGCCGUCGUCCAGUUCGCUCUCAUGCUCUUCCUCCCCGAAUCCCCCCGCUGGCUCUACCGCAAGGGGAGGGAGGGGGAAGCAGAGGCGAUCCUGAGGAGGAUUUACACGGCGGAGGAGGAAGUGGCGAGGGAGAUGGCGGAGCUCAAGGAAUCCAUCUCCUCGGAGUCGGAGACGAAGGCGACGGGGCUGGCGGCGGCAAUGGGGAACGCGGCGGUGCGGCGGGCGCUGGUGGCGGGGGUGGGGCUGCAGGUGUUCCAGCAGCUGGUGGGGAUCAACACGGUGAUGUACUACAGCCCCACCAUCGUGCAGCUCGCCGGCUUCGCCUCCAACCAGACGGCGCUCGCGCUCUCCCUCGUCACCUCCGGCCUCAACGCGCUCGGCUCCGUCGUCAGCAUCUUCUUCAUCGACCGCACCGGCCGACGGAAGCUGCUCGUCAUCAGCCUCGCCGGCGUCGUCGCCACGCUCGCCCUCCUCUCCGCCGUGUUCCACCAAGCCACCUCGCAUUCCCCCCUCGUCGGUGCCGCCCAGACCGCGAGAUUCGACGCCUCCCUCACCUGCCCCGCCUACCGCUCUUCUUUGUCUUCGUCUUCUUCCUCUCAGGCGAUCUGGGACUGCACGCGGUGCCUGAAGGCGGCGGACUGCGGCUUCUGCGCGGGUCAACAGAAGCUCUUCCCAGGCGCGUGCUUGGUCGCAAACUCGACCUCCAAGGACGCAUGCGCCAUCCAUGGCGGCGGGGGAUCCUCGUCGUGGUACACGCGGGGGUGCCCGAGCAGGUACGGGUGGCUGGCAAUGGCGGGCCUGGCCUUAUACAUCGCCUUCUUCUCCCCGGGGAUGGGAACCGUGCCAUGGAUCGUGAACUCGGAGAUCUACCCGCUGCGGUACCGGGGCGUGUGCGGCGGCGCGGCGGCGACGGCCAACUGGGCGGCGAACCUGGCGGUGGCGCAGUCGUUCCUGUCGCUGACGGAGGCCGUGGGGCCGGCGUGGACGUUCCUCGUGUUCGGGGCCAUGUCGGUGCUCGCGCUCGGGUUCGUGCUCCUCUGCGUGCCGGAGACCAAGGGGCUCCCCAUCGAGGAGGUGGAGAAGAUGCUCCUCAAGCGGCGGUUCAGCCUCAGGUUCUGGAAGGCGCCGGCGGCGGCCGCCCAGGAGCGGCCGGACGGCGGGAAGGAGGAGGGCGUGUGAGAAUCCUGUAGUAGUUUUACUAGCGGUUGGUUGUACUGUAGUAAUUGGGCCGUAAUUAGGGCCUGCUUGGGAUUUGGAUCCAGCGUUUUAUAGUAGUGUGUUCCGCCAUUGAAUUACAAAUGGAAAACACCGCUCAAAAAAAUUUGGAAAACAGUCUGCUUGGGAUUUUCCUGUUUUCUAGUAAAAAACACCGUUGGUGA